UGCUUGAUAGGGAGCCAUGCUUUAUGAAAAAAAAAAAAUACAUUUAAAUAUUUAAAGACCUUGUGUUGAUGUACAGGUAUAUUACUGCUAUUACAGUAGCCGACGCAGACAAUUAGAAACAGACAAGAGCCAGGAAUAAAACGCUUAAAAAUGGAAUUAUUCAUAUGUGGGAUUUCGAUUCAGUGCUGGUAUCUUCACUGCUGAUGUGUGCAAUCUGUCUCAAUAUAAAUUGCAUUGGCUGGAGGGGUUGUAACACGUGAUGCUACGAGUUGCGCUUGUAAAUAUGCAGAAGCAUGAUUUGAGAGGCGCCUCACAACAGUCACAUCACACUUUCUUCACAUCACAAAGACAAGGGAGGCAAUAACCAGAGAAAGAGCGUGGACUAAAUUCAACACAGCAGGUUUCCUCACAACAGUUUACAUCAACAACUGGACUUCAGCAAGACGAUCGUCCAACUGCAAGAAUUAAUCCACUAACAAACUAUGCGAAGGCUUCCUUAAGAUCUCCCAAGUGUUUUCCCACUGCUUUUCUACUACACAUCUAAGACAGGACCAGCCAUGAAGUCAGUACUGGAUGGUAUAGCGGAUACCACGUUUCGGACAAUAACGACAGGACUGGAAUACUUUGGUUCCAAUGACGUCCAUUAUGAUGACUCCAGUGUUGAUGCGGACUUCACCAAGGGGGGCCACUCUUCACAAAAACUGCCUUUCUCUGCUUUCAAAAGCGGCUCAUUCCAGGGGAAAGCAUCGGCAGAAGAGGAUCUCUUUUUAAAAGGCAUUCCGUUCUACCCCACAAACAUUACCGAUCUGUACACAAACAGAACUACCCCCAGCUACAGGGAUGAGGAAGGCACUAUACAAUGUGGGGAGAACUUCGUGGACAUGGAGUGUUUUAUGAUCCUGACUCCCAGUCAGCAGUUGGCGGUCGCUGUCCUGGCACUGAUCCUGGGGACGUUCACAGUUCUUGAGAAUUUAGUGGUGCUGUGUGUGAUCCUGCACUCUCGCAGCCUCAGAAACAGACCGUCUUACCACUUCAUAGGAAGCCUGGCAGUGGCUGACCUGCUGGGCAGUGUCAUAUUCGUUUACAGUUUUGUUGACUUCCAUGUUUUCCAUCGUAAGGACAGCCCCAAUGUGUUCCUGUUCAAGCUGGGAGGAGUUACCGCCUCCUUCACAGCCUCGGUGGGGAGCCUCUUCCUCACUGCUAUUGACAGGUACAUCUCCAUACACAAGCCAAUGGCUUACAAACGCAUUGUGACCAAGACGAAGGCAGUCAUUGCCUUUUGCAUGAUGUGGAUCAUCUCAAUCAUCAUAGCGGUCCUCCCUCUGCUGGGUUGGAACUGCAAGAAGCUGAACUCUGUUUGCUCGGACAUCUUCCCGCUGAUAGAUGAGAAUUACUUGAUGUUCUGGAUCGGAGUCACCAGUGUUUUACUGAUGUUCAUCAUUUAUGCUUACAUGUACAUUAUGUGGAAGGCGCAUUCCCAUGCAGUUCGGAUGCUGAGCCGCGGGACUCAGAAAAGCGUGAUGGUGCAUUCCUCAGACGGCACCAAAGUGCUGCUUACGAGGCCAGAUCAAACACGAAUGGACAUCAGGUUAGCAAAGACACUGGUCCUCAUUCUAGUGGUUCUCAUCAUCUGCUGGGGCCCAGUCUUGGGUAUCAUGGUGUAUGAUCUCUUCUGGAAGAUGAAUGACUUUACCAAGACCAUCUUUGCCUUCUGCAGCAUGCUAUGUCUGAUGAACUCAACAGUGAACCCCAUCAUCUAUGCCCUUAGAAGCAAAGAUCUUAGGCACGCUUUCCGGACCACGUUCCAGUUCUGCAAAGGGACGACCCAGCCCCUUGAUAAUAGUGUGGAGUCCGAUUGCCAGAACAAGCAUGCAAACAAUACUGGCAGUGCCAACAAAGCUGCAGAGAACUGUGCCAAGAGCACUGUGAAAAUUGCCAAAGUGACCAUGUCUGUCUCUACAGAGACAUCUGCUGAAGCCGUCUGAACUGCCUUUUCAGGAUGUUGAUGGACGAAGCUGUGACAUACGAGUCUCAUACAGCACUUACUGUUAAAUGUUCACACAAGUAAACCCUCAUAACCUACAGAUUGCAUUGCAGUGAAAACACAACAAUGCUUCUACCUGUUGUUCAGCUGAAGUGUUUGCUCCAUUCUGUCUCCAGCUUCAGUGUAUGACUUCGGGAGAACUCUGUCGUUUAUACAAAAAGGAUCAAGCAACAUGUAAAUAAAGGGUUAAAGAUUAGUUCAAUUGUGAACAUCAUUCAAUUGGAUAAAACAAAGUUAUAGUUUAAUUUGAUACUAUUUGCCAACGUGUAUCAACAUAAACAACCACAUCUGGUGACUGCAAAUUCAGGUCUGAAGAAUGUAUAUCUUUAACUUUGUAACUGUGGUAAAUGGGCUAUAGUUGUCUUUAGCUAGGUGUGAACAGGAUGGCUUCAGUGAUGACGUCAGACCAGAAACACAGACUCGGGAAGUAGCGGGUGAGAGCUGAAACGCUACGGCGUUCAGCUUCUUUUAUUAAAAAUAAACAAAAACAAAAGGUUUAAACAAAACAAACACCAAACAAACAAAAGGACACGUUGGCCAAACAAAUAAACAAGUAAGUAUCGUGCUGGUAAAAACCAGCACGCUUAGCAGUUGUUUUUAACAGUUGUUUUUAGCUCUCCUUGCUCGCUCUCCCGUACUCUCCUCUGUACACUCUCCGCUUUAACGCGGACAGCUGGAGGCUUGUAUAUUCUGGCUGAGAGGUUAACUAGCUGUUAAUUAUCUUAUUACCCCUCGGCCACAGUCUGCACAAGUUUAGUAAGGAUGCGUGACUGUCAGCUAGUUAAAUAAUCAGUAGCUGAUUAGUCACGCAUCCUCACGAGGUUUAUAAACACAAAAACAAUAACAAAAAACAAAUCGGCUUUCGCCGUAAUAAACAUAAAUCAAAAUAAAUAAAUAAUAAACAAAGGGGCAGGACACUCCGCCACACAAGGUUAUAUAGCAAACAUGUUGAUAUGUAUAUUUCAAUAAAAUGUUUUUUGUACAUACUCAACUUACAGCCAUGGCUACAGUAUAUAAACCCAGUUCUGCAUUUGUACAACCCUCCCCAUCUGUGUACUUGGGUUGUUAAAUGGCUUCAUGUAAUUUUACUCAGUCUUACUUUAUAACAAUUGGAUGUGGUUGUUCUUCAAAUUAUUCCUCAGUUGUAAAUACAGCAUUAACAUGACAUAGCCUGACAGUUUACGUGUUAACCCUAUGUUGCAUUGCAUGCAUUACAGUGGAUAUUGAAUAUUAUUGCAUAUUAUUGGUCAGAACGAAUAUUUACAUUAAGAUGUGCUUGAAGUGUUUUCAUGUUCAUCAUCAAAUUAUGUUUUACUUUCAAUGUAUGUGUACUUGUGUCCAGUUACUGGAUACUCCAGCUGGAUAGAUGACUAGUUUGAUAUGCUUUGCUGGCUUUGUAUAAUAGCGUACAACAUAGCUUUAAUUUUGUAAUGACAGAUAUCUACCAUCUUACACAAAACUGCAGUGCUGAAAUCAGAAUGAAUUAUAUUACACGAAACGCAACCAUUCUUGGUAGUCUUGACCUGUUUUGUAAGACUUCCAGGUGGUUGUGUGCAUGCCUUCUUUCCAUCUCAGCGUGCUGUCAAGACAGCCCGUCCUAAACCCAUCGCUUCUCAGGCACCUUUCUUUAAAUGGUGACAAAGAAAGUACAGUAUCAAGUAAAAAAAAAAAAAGAAAAUAAUAGUAAUAAAAAAAAACAUCUGUUGUGUUUUGCAGUUAACAUGCUUUUGGCAGGACCAGAUCAAUAUUUAGAAAACUGUUUCCUUUGUCACAUUGAAGAAUGUGAGGCAAAAUGCUUCUAAGAGGGAAUUUAAACCCAACGAUGUCAGAUGUUCUACACAACCCUGAUGUAUCUCUGGUGGAUGCCACACUCGGGAGAAAGUACUUGGCAUAUUUCAGUAAAACUGAAGAGACCCCUUAGUCUAGCAGACAACCAUUAUGCUUAAAACACACACAUUCAUAAAGCAAAAGCGAGUAACACUUUGAACCUGAAGAGACUCCCAAAAGCGAGUAACACUUUAAAACCGAAGAGACUCCUUAGUCUAGCAGACAACCAUUAUGCUUAAUACACAGUCAUAAAGCAGAAGCGAGUAACACUUAUGUAGUAAAAUCCUGUGUGAAAACAGAAUGAGAAGUUUCUUUGCUUUUACUCACAUUUUAUGAUUAGGUGUUUAAGGUUAUAGUUGAAUUAUUUUGCACAUUUAUUGAAACUGUUGCCCUUCCCCCAAUCCAUCUCUGCAGCAUUAUGUAAAUCACUGUGCAAAACAGUUUGAGCCAAUUUACAUCACAAAUGAAUAGUAUUAAACAGGCAUGUGAGGAAGCUAAUGAGCUGUUAAGAGUGUACUUACACAGAUGAUAAAUGUGUAAAAUCCAUUGAACCAAUCCAGACUUGUCAAUAGGUUAGUUUCAUUAUUGUUGAGUUACUAAGUCAACACAUAUAUAUAUAUAUAUAUAUAUAUAUAUAUAUAUAUAUAUAUAUAUAUAUAUAUAUAUAUAUAUAUAUAUAUAUAUAUAUAUGACACACACACACACACAAAAUGAACUGAUUUGGGGUUAGUCCUUUACUAGUGUUUUGAGCUUAAAUUGUAAAGCAGAUAAAGCAUAGAAUAUCUCAUAGUGAAUACACCAUGUUGGUGUGCUGGUCACACCAAUGUACUAAGAAAACAAACAUUUAAUAAUGUUAAUCUUAAAGUAGAGCACAGUAUUUCCAUUUAUAAUUAACAGGUUAACACACAUGCCUUUUGGUCAUUUCAUAUUUUAUUAUUAUAUU